AUGGCUGCAAAUGCUCUCGUACGUAAGCCCAGCCUUCUGAGAAGGAGCAGCGAGCAACGUCGCGCCCCCUGCUUAACGCUGCCUGGCAAGUGUCGGGACCGCCGUCAGACGCUGUGGUGCGUUCGCCAGCCAGCGGCUCCCCAAGACCGACCCGGGCUCAGCGGUAUAAGCAAGCCGUGCGGCAUCGACCUCUCGUUGCAAUAUUGCGCAUUGUGUGACCAACACAUCGACUCGUUCCACGAUGAAGUAAGGGUUGCGAUGGUUCCCAGUGACCAGAGGAUGCGUAACUUGUACGGUGGUGACGGCAAACGUGUAGCGAAGGGCAGCCGGACGCUGACGACGCAGCGAGUGACCGCGCCGCGGAGCGCCGCUGCGACUCUGCCGUCGUACGUCUACGGAGGCCUCAGCAUGUGCGUCUGUCCGCAGCAGCAGAAGUUCCUGAAGCGGACGGCGGAGGAGCUGGAGGGCGGCGCCGGCGGGGGCGGCGGCGCGCCCGCUGCCGAGCCGCUCACCAAGUUCUCCGUCGAGAUCGUGCAGCAGCUCGAGUUUAGCGCCGGCCCGGGCACCGGCACCGGCAACAUCUCCACCAACGUCACCGUCAAGGCGGCCGCCGCCACAGUCAAGAGCACCGGCUCGGGGGCGCCCGGGGGCGGCGGUGGUGGCGGAGUCGCCGGUGGCGGGGGCGGGGGCGCGGCCCCGGGGGCGGACCCUGCGGGUGCCGCCACGACCGCGACGCCGUCGCCAAAGCCAGCGGCGCAGCCGCCUCCCGACCUCGGUGCGCUCGUGGAGUGCAAACAGGAGCAGAUGGACAGUGAGUUCGUGGACUUGGAGCAAUGCGCCGCCGCGCUGGAGAAGGACGCCAACGGCGGCGUCACCUUCCCCGGCCUGUCCGACCUCAUCGGCGACGACACCAGCGACGAGAUCAUCACCUCCGAUGCCUUCAACGACCUCAUCUCCGAGAUUUCCGACUUCCACUCGGAGUUUAUGAAGGAGUUCGAUUUCGACGACCGAGGCGGUAGCGGAGGCGGUGCAGGCGGCGGUGGGGGUGGCGGCGGUGCCGCUGGUGGUGAUGCGGGGGCGGGUCGCGAGGACGACAAGACGGGCGUGCUGACGGCGCCGCAGGCUCAGCAGCAGGUGUCGGGGCGGCUGGCGCCGUACACGCUGGACUUCAGCAAGGCGGAGCUGAGCCCGGCGGCGCAGACGCUGAAGCAGAUGGCGGAGCAGCACCAGCACAAGGCGCAGCUGGGCUUCGGCCGGCCCGCGCCCGGCGCCGCGCCGCCGCCGCCGCAGCGCUCGCCCUACGACUUCCCCUUCGGAUCGCCGGCCGGCGACUACGGGCCGGCCGGCGCUGGCGGCGCGCAGGUGAAACAGGAGCUGUUCGCGGGCGGGCAGCAGGCGCCGCCGGGGGUGGGCCGGCAGCCGCCCCCGCAGCAGCAACAGCAGCAGGGACAGCAGCAGCAGCAGCAACAACAACAGCAGGGGCAGCAGCAGCCGCCGCAGCAGCAGCAGGCGCCGGCGCCGCAGCAGCUGUCGCCGGGCGGCGGCUACCCGGGGCCGAAGCUGGGCGCGGCGGGCCCGGGCCCGCAGUACUCGCCGCAGUACGGCGCCGUGCCGGCCGGCGCGCAGUACCGCCCCCAGCCGCAGCCGCACCCGCCCCCGCAGCCGCCGCAGCCCGCGCCCGGCGUGCCCAGCGCGCGCCAGCCCGCCGCGCCCGGACUCUCGCUCAGCCAGGCGCAGCAGCUGUCGCUCCAGCAGCACCACAUACAGGUGACGGCGGGCCAGCAGCUGCAGCUGUCGGACCUGAAGGGCUACCUGGGCGAGUACGCGGCGUCGGCGUCGCAGUCGCAGACCAUCAACUUCACGCAGCAGAGCCUGCAGCAGCGCGCGGCCGCCUCGCGGGCGCCGCUGCGGCCCGGGCCGCCGCAGGGCGCGCGCCCGCCGCCGCCCGAGUACAAGGCCGUGCCGCCCGCGCUGGCCCAGCAGCAGCCGCCGCCGCAGCAGCAGCAGCAGCAGCGCUUCGCCAUGCGCCGCCCGCCACACCAGCCCAUGCCGCCGUCCGGUCCGAUGAUGCGACCACAGAUGGUGGGAGGUGGCUACCUGCAGCAGCAGCAGGCCAUGGCAGGCCUCGGUGUCGGUGUCGGGGUGGGGGUGGGAGUGGGUCUGGGUGUGGGGCCGCACCGCUACGGUGGCCCGCAGGCCCAGGGGGCGCCACCGCCACAGCAGCAGCGCCAGCAGCGGCCGCCCAAUGUCAGCGUUGGGCCCGACACGGGGCUCGGGGCCCGCCAGGACUGGAGGCACCUCCUUGUCUCACAGCAGCAGAGCGCUGUCUUCAGGAAUGGAGCCGGCUCGGCUGCUGCUUUCCAGCAGCAGCAGCAACAGCACUUGCACCAGGGGUCAUUCAGUAUGGCUCAGAUGCAGCAACAGCAGCAGCAGCAGCAGCUCGUAGCAUCUAGGAACCAGGGCAUGCCGACGUUGCAGCAGAUGAUGUCGCAACAGCAGCAGAUGGGCAUGCCCCCGGGACCAGGCCCUGGUCAGAUGUCAAUGAACCUGCAGCUGUCACAGUCACUAUCUGCGAGUGGAGUGCCCCCUCACCAUACUUCCCCUCACCUCCCCCCGUACGUCAGCAGCCCAGUGCUACAGCAGCACCCCACCACCACGCCAGUGAGCUCUGCUUCAAACUCACAGCCCCCACCAGACUUCAGUCUCGAGUUCCUCGAACAGUUGCCGUCAGGAGAUUCGAGUCAGUUUUCAGCCGCAGAACUUCUUAAUUCCCUCGAUGCAGGGUCGUCGUUUAAUUUUCAAGAUAUAUUAUAGGAAUGGUUUUAGGUGCUCUGUGCACCGUAAUGCGGCAGCAUUUUCUAGAGUGUGACUGUGUUGAGUUCUGAGUCCAGGUCCUUCACUUGGUGGACAAUCUUAGUGAAUCACAGACAUACAGCAGUUACCAAAUAAAUAAGAUGCAGUAAGGGUGAUCAUUAGAAAAUAGUUAAAGUGACCUGUGAGACGGAGGAUUUAGAAGAGGAGUGGUACUGAGCGGUUAGGAUAUCGAGAGCUGAACAUGACAUUAACAUUCCAGUAUUUGUUCUGUCAAGAGAGUCUAGUUUGGUUUGACUGUUGUACGAGUACUCAUCUCGUAAAGUGUAGAAUGUAACGAGGGACACAUUUAGGAAAUACAUUGGACAAUCGGUGAAUUCACUUUUAGUUAUGGCUGUGUGUAUCUGUAAGAAACAACAGUGUGGUAUAGUGGAACACUGAUAUUUGUGAUCUAGACCUGCAAGUCUGUUGUGAGCAGAAAUUCAACAUUGUGUCCUAUUACAGUGCACGUACACUAGCUAUCAAAUAUUGUAAUUUUAUUUAUGUGAUUCAAAUGAACAUUUCUCAUAUGAGCAGCUGGGGCAAACACAGAUAACUGUAACCUCAAAUAUACAGAUACAAACACAACAUCCUGAGCUUAAAACCCUGGCUAAACCUCAGAUAUAAACUUAAGAAACAGUGUUGCUGUUUUUCUGUUUUUAUGCUGAUUGCACAAUGUUGCCCACUUAUACAUACUUGUGUUCUCUUGCCAGUGCUUUCCAUUGUUUCUGUUGUAGUUAAAUUCAUUUAUAUUGUAUCAAACAACUCAAAUAAUUUUUAACCCAGUUUAAAUUGCCAUGAAAUAUUUAAUGUUUAUUGAACAGCAAUGCUUUCACGAAACACUGCAACCAUGAUGUGGUAAAUCAUUAAAUAUUUAAGAGAUAUUUUCAGUGUGUAAUUAUAUCUUUAAAAUAUGUUAAUUCCUGUCUCAGUUGCGUCAUUUGCAAUAAUUUUUUGUUUAUGGUGUUUAAUAUGCACAAGCUGCAUCAGGAUGUAAAGUGUUUAUCAGACAACUUGUGGCAGAUGCAAGGAAGUAUUCAUGUGAUGCAGUGCAGCUACCUCAGGCUUGUGAAUGCUGUUGAAGUGGAGUUGGGACCACCUCCAACCACCGAAGCUCUCAUUCUAGUAUGGGAUCAACCUUCAAUCAUAAUCUUUACUAACAGAUCAAUUAAAACUUCAUUAAAUGUUGACAGACAAAAAGGAAUCAGUAUUUUUGUUAACAAUUUUUGCUGUUUAUUUUAAGGGCUUGCAAGUAGAAGUUUAUAAGACAUUGAUAGGGAUAUAAAGAACAUAUUAUAUAUACUUAUAAUAUCAUAAUGUAUAUAAUUUAAAAUGAUCCAGAGAAAAAAAUUGUUGAUAUUAUAAUAAUUGUUGUUCUUUUUGAAGUUAGUGAUACAGAAUGAACAUAACUGUAUGGGAAUGGAAUCAUUCCUGACAAGUUUCAAGCUGAGCCUGAAGUAGAGUAGGUACUGGUUGAGGUACAGUCAAGCCACAACACCAGUAGUUUGCCAUGUAAUAGGCUCACACCUAGAGAAUGGGUUCAGUAUUAGGUAAUAUGCUUCUGAAAAAGUGUCAGGUUUCUUACAGCGAGUUAUUUUCAAUGUAAGUGAUGAGGGAGGCUGUGAAUGAAACAGUUACUUUUAGGUGGCUCCCUCUUCCCCAUAAGGUCAUUAGGAUCUUCGUAAUUUUGAGACUGCAAUCUAGAGGAUUUCUGUAGCUUUUUUAGAUGUAACUUUGAGGCAAUAGAAAAUUAUUAUGUGUGUUUGCCAUGACACUGUUUAUCAGUUUUGUUCAAUGUUUUAGUAUUGGGCAUAUAUUGCAUUGUUAUUGUUUUUUGAGGAAAAGUAAAUAGAGGAACAAACGUUUUAAAAUUACAAUGAGGUCAAUAAUGAGAGGCCUUUCUAAAGUUAGUGGUUAGAAUUUCCAGUGCUAUGGAACGUUAAUAGUUCAUUUUAACAUUGACUUUGCUAGAAAUUAUCUUAUUCAGACUUUUUUUGUUUCUACGUCUGGUAAUAACAUUUGUAUCAUAUAUGCAAUGCAAAUUUUCAUAUGAAGCAGAGAUUUAAACCUGGAGGCUUCAAUAAUAAGGGACUUAGUUUCCAAUUUUUUUUUUAGGUUUGAUAAGCAUCUUGGAUGUAAACAAUAUUCCAUUAUUCCAUCAUCUGAAGACAACUAAGAAUAAAAUUUUGAAGGCAUUUGAAAUGGACAGGAGAGACACCGAUUCAUUAAAGAAGAGGGGGAAGAAACAUUUUAAUUUGUAUAAUUAUCCUGAUGAUUUCUUCUCCAUUUAUUCUUGAAGUUUUCCAGGUAUAUUUAUAAUGUGUUGUAUUUUAAAUUCUCAGUAUCUUUUAAGAAACAGCCAGUGUAGUCCAAUUCUGCUUAAUCAGAAUGCAUUUGUGUCAGUUCAUUUGAUGUCCUGCCCUUUUUCAGUUACUAGAUUACAGUUUCUAAGUGCACAGUCAUUCCAGUGUGGAUGUAGUUGUGGUCAUAGUUGUUUCAUUUACAGAGGAUUAUUGUAACUGGGUGUCGCCAUUACACAUUAUUAGCCAUAUAUUACUAAGUUCAAAUAUUUUCAGAAUGAUUUUGACAGCAAAAGUAUGGUUAUUAUUCCAGCUGAAGUUGACAAAUGUUUUGGUUUGACUGUACAUCAACCACAUUUCUAGUAUAUUGAUACUCAAUAUGUUGCUACAGGAAAACACCAAAUCUUUUUAACAUUUUGAUGAGACAAAGAGGAGAAAAAGUGUUCUAUGAGGAAACACAGUUUUCACUUCUCAGACUUUAUAUAUGAAUGUACAGUUUUAUGCAGUGUUGUACUAAGGUGAUAUCUGCGUGUGAAUGUGUGCAGCUGUGCCCUGUAGAAAAUUGUAUCAAUCUGUCAAAAGGGCACCCGCUUCUCUUGCCAAAUGUGUCAAGUACUGUAUGUAUACUUUUAUGAUUAUUUCAAAUGUCUACAAGAUAGUGUUUUGUAUUUGUUCUGUAUUAAGUUUCCAUGCAAAAUUAUACAAACGUUAUAUUAUUAUAUAAUAUAUAUACAAGUUUAUCUAAA